AUGGUUCCCAGUGUUAGCCGCACGGACGUGCGCAGUGAGCGGGACAGAAGCGAGACCGCCUCCGCGGAAGCUUCACAGAGACCCGAGAGGACAGCGCAACUUCGCACUUCGAACGCGCUGAUGGCCCGCCAUCUGUAUGCUGCCACAGGCGCACUGCUUCUGCUCGUUGCGCGUUUGGAGCUCGUUUCGGCAGCCAUUACUCUCCCGCCUCAGUCGAGUUGGGUGUGUCGCAUCUCUGAAGCUAAUCAGCGUUGCGGCGAGGUGUAUUCGAACAACGUUACCGGUGAGAAAGGUGGAAUCUGCAGGGAGACCGACUGCUGCUCCAGGGCUGGAUUGUCGCCGUCAUUGGACUUCGGCGACAUCUGCAAGCCUAAGGGGAGUUCGUACUGCAGAUCCUACAAAGACGCAUACAGCUUCGGAAAGUGCGACUUGGCUCAUCAGUGUGGCAAAUGCUCGACGCUGUCCCUCUGCAAGCUAGACAGCACGGAGAAUGGCGGAGUGUACUGUCAGUGCCCUGCUCCUGCGGAGGGCAACGGCAUCACGUGUAGAGGUGAUCCGUGCAGAAGUUCACCAUGUGCGAACGGGACUUGCUCCCCCCGAAAAAACGAUCCAAAUGAUUACGAGUGCCAGUGCUACCCUGGAUUUGAAGGCGUCAAAGACACCACCGGUGUGGUAAAAACAUGCGUUGACGUGUGCGCCAUGAAUGUGUGUGGCGACGGAGCGCUCGCGUGCUACCAUGGAGAAACGGGCCAUGUGUGCGCCUGCAAAGAGGACUACAUCAAUGCCUCGGUAAAUGGAAACGACUCCUGCGUGAAACCUGACCUCUGCGCCGUCGCACCCUGCGGAGAUGCAGCUGCAGUCAAGUCGUGUGUGACUGUGUCGUCGAAUGAGUACAAGUGCACUUGCAACACAGGCCACGUCUUGAAGACGGAUCGGAAACGUUCGUACUGCGCUAGAGAGUGA